ACAGAGGUGCUUGCGCGCUUGCUUCUCCAACAGCUUCUCCCACUUUUUCGAGAGUUCCGUGACGCUGUGACGAGUAACAAGGCAGUGAGCAACAACCACAACGUAAAAAAGCAAUGGCGAACCAAAUAUUAGCCGAUGAUGAUCUAGACCAGGCGCUGGACGCCUUGGAUGUGGAACGUAACUUUCUAGAUGAAGACGUGGAGAAAGAAACAGAGCCACCCGAGCAACCCAACAACCGUGCGGAUGAAUCGACUGGACUUUUGGUGGACGGUGGUACGCCAGUGGAAUGUGAAGACGAUAUCUCGGUGGAAGACGGAGGGUGGAGUCCGUUGCUGGUUGCGCUCGCCCUCGUGAUUGCUGUAGUUGUUGUUGUUGUUGUUGUUGUUGCAGUGAUCAUCAGUAUUCCCUUUUGGAUUCUCGUCUUGGUGCUUCUUUUGGUUCUGUUUGUAAUCGCCAGGACCAGGAUUCCUCCCCCGGCAUCCUUUCACGCCAAGAAAGAAAUCAAGAGAAUCAAACGAGGCAAGCAUCUCCCUCAAAACAACAACAACAGCAACAACACCGACAGUCAAAAAAAAACCUGGUUGGGGAAGAAAGUCACCACUGUCAAGACGUUUCUUUCCGGUGAAGCCAAGGAUGCUGUGGGUGCCUAUGAUGAUAUACUAUUUUGCGAUGUGGGAAUUGGGCUGCUGGUUGUAGCCAGAGACUUGACCAAUGGAGAAUGCUUCACUUGGUUGGGGUUCCUGGGCCAAUGGCGAGUGCUGGAUUUGUCUCCCGAAACCCAUGCCAAGCUGCACCAAUGGUUGUGGAAGUCCUCAAACGAAUCUACGACUGUCCCCUACUAGCUAGAUAGCCAGGAAUAAAACCGGAAGAGGGAAAAACCCAAGACCUUUCUUUCUCCAAGAUGCUGUGGGUGCCUACUAUGAUAUGGUACCGUAGGCGGUUUGGGAUAUAGGGAUUGGCCUGUUGGUGAUCCACGACAAGUUGAGCUAUUAUGUGUCAAUGAAUUUGGAGGCAUUCUUACUACUCAUCGACGACACCACAGUUUUGGCUAGCUAGAGCUAGCUAGAUAAAAAUCGGGAAAGCGAAACCAGAUUGUACCAUUGCAUUCAGAUGCAAUCGAGACAGCCAAGCGAGCAGACUGACGGCACGAUAGAAAAAUGAAAGGAAGGAGAAGGAUCAAAGGGCAAAGACUAACGAACAGAUCAGGAGCCCACGAUCGUCCCAACGCGGGAGCUCAUUGUAGCAGUUACGGAUUGAGCACUUUCCGGGAUGUUUUGCUUACGGCCAUGGUACUGUUUAUUAAUUAAAAUACCAGGAACAUUUAUUGUACCACAAUAUUUUUAUUCAUUUUCACGAACGUCGUCCUUUUCGUCCGUCAAUUGGAAAAUCAUGAAGAAUUCACGGACCCUCCAGUUCUUCGAAGCGACCUGGCUGGAUGACUGUUGACGCAGAGCG